GUGAGUUGCACGCAUCGGGUCGAAGCGCUGGACCCUGGUCCGGACGGAGUGCGCUUUCUUCAUGUGGAGGGAUGGUUGGUAUGAGGGGAGAAGAUGUGAUAUGUGUGAGAAAGAGACGAGGACGUGAGGGUAUAGAAAGAUGGAGCAGUGGGUGGUGGGACAGAGUGGGGAAACCGGCAGCGCUUUUUCAACAAUUGCAGGAUGGCCAAAGCCGACCAAACGCGCUUUGGCUCUCAAGCCACACUGCGGGCCGGGCGCUUCACGAAUGAGUGGAGACGGCGCUGUGAGUUGGCUGGCCAAUGCUGAUGAUGUGUCCAAUUUACGACACUGUGUUAUCAGCUGACGCUCGCCCAAAUCUAUCGAUGGAAGCGAUCAAUGGUCCGAGAGCGAGAAACAAUCGCCGGCCAGAGCUCAGAAAGCAGAUCGUCGAUAGUUCUGUAUGGCGUGAACGCAUUCGUUUCCAGAUCGAUCAGCCGGUAGGGUGAAAUAUCGCUCUCAAGGAUUGGCCGACAAGAAGCCAGGACUGCAGAGCAGACAGAACGAGAUCUUGAUCCUCGAGGGCGAACAGGUCUAGUCUGGAUAACUUGGAGACAUGGCGGACAUAUACGCUUGAUCCUCGAGCAGUGGGCCGUGUUAGAUGUCAGAGCGAGCAUUUCACAAGGCAUCAUACGUGCCAGCUUGGUGAUCGAAGGGCCAAAGGCCAAAGACCCUCGACGAAAAGUGAGUCACAACCAACGUACGAUUUACCAAGAAGCCCUAGCCCAGAGGGCACGACACAUGAGUUGUGGUUCCGUCGGUAGAUUCACUGUUGUAUUCCCCGCGCGACAAGUGCGGUCGGAAGUAUAGAGGGAAGGCAACGUGUGCUGGACCCAGGCUUCGGCCAAAAGGAGCAUUCACGCGAGAUAAAGCGUAGCCCGUGUAAAUCCGUGGAGAGUUGAACAGUCGGAAGACGAGACUACAGCUUGCAGGAGCGCAAAGGUUAGCUCGCAACAGCUUGACAGCCCCUCGACAGCUUUCGUGGCAAGAGUGACCAGGGGUGACUGGGUCACUUUGUCCCGCCUCUGAUUCCGCUCCAUCAUCUGCAUGGAUUCUACAGCUUCCGCACCGCGUACCGAGAUCCCAACCAGGACGCUCGCGUGUUCUCACAGUCGAAAGGCUAUCCUGUUGACGACGAGGCGGGAUGUCUACUCCGCCCAGCUGUAUGCAUAACCGAGGUCAAUGACGGCAAAGGAGAUAUAAGAAGGCAGCGCCAAUGCUGAAAUCCCAUCGAACAUGCAAUCGCUAUUCGCCUUCGUGUGCCUCACCCUGGUGUCUGGCGUCCUCGCCUCCAUCUCGGGCCUUCCCGCCGCGGACGUGGUCGUGCCUGUGACUGGGCAUGUCCCUCGCCGCGCUUCGAAGCGCUUUGCGUCUCCGGCAGGGCGCAAGCAGACGCCUCAAUCCGCGCUCCGACUUGACGGCGCCGCAUUCGACAAGGAAUACCUCGUGAACAUCACCGUCGGCGGAAAGCCGUUCCAGGUCAUCCUCGACACCGGAAGCUCAGACACCUGGGUCGCCCACACCAACUUCAGCUGCUUCAAUCUCACGGGCGCAUCGAUCCCUGCGAGUGCGUGCGACUUCGGUCCGGCAACCUUCGACCCUAGCGCAUCCCCCACGUUCACGGUGUUCCCGAACGCGACGUUCUUCGUGCGCUACGGCUCCGGUGAAUCGCUGCGCGGGCCCGCUGGAUUCGACACGGUCUCGGUCGGCAGUGUGCGCGUGCACCAGCAGGAGAUCGGCGUGCCCAACCACAAUGCGUUCCUGGGCGAUGGUGUCUCGGAGGGCGUGCUGGGGCUGGCGUUCCCGUCAUUGACCAGUGUGUACAACAACACAAGCGAUGGGCUGGUCCAGAUGCGGUACAGUCCGUUCUUCCAGACUGCGUUCCAGCGGGGGAUCGUCAAGAAGCCUUACUUUUCGAACUCGCUGAACCGGCCGACUCUUGCCCAGGCCGCCAACGAUCCUGUUGAUGCCAAUCUUGGGCUGCUUGCAUUCGGGGGGAUCGUCCCUGUUCCUGUGACCGGUGUUGAGACGACCGUGCCAGUCACCCAGUGGCUGUUCAACGCGGCGGGGUCGCUCGUGCCAACGGCCAACUCGAGUGCCGGCGAAUACGCGUGGUACUCCCUCAACGUCACCGGCUACGAUUUCCCGGGGAGCACAUCUAUCCCCACCAGCAGCAACAACACGUUCGUCGACUCCGGCACAACCGUGAACUACGUCGCGACUCCCGUGGCAGCCGCCUACAACGCGCUGUUUGUUCCCCCUGGUGCAUUCGAUCAGGAGCUGCAGUCCUUUGUGGUUCCGUGCAACGCCACUGCUGCGGUACUGAGCGUCGUUAUCAACGGAAAGCGGUUCGAGAUCGAUCCCCGGGACCAGGUGGUUCCGCUCCAGAAGGGCAGUGACGGCAAGGAAAUAUGCAUCUCCGGGACGCAGGACGGCGGGCCUGAUGUUGCUGGAAACACGUUCGUGCUCGGCGAUGUGUUCUUGCACAACGUGGUGACCACUUACAACCCCAUUGACGCGGAGAUCACCUUCACUCAGCGCCAGCCGUACUGAGACGUGGCCCAUGGCUAUACAAAUCCGAGGGAAUUGAAAGGGUGCAUUUCUCAAUUUGUCGCGAUCUUAUUCUUUCUUGAACGGCACGUCCUGUGCUGAUGUUGAUUCUGUUCCAAUUCUACGCUGCUUACUAUCUGCUACCCACGGGAUACCAAGAUCUCGCUACGGAACGUGUGAGUGCGGUCCAGGUCAGCCAUGGGACUCGCUGCCCAACUGGCGGAGUCCCCCUUGGUAUGUCAGAUCGUAUCGAGCCUGCCAGAAACAAAUCUGCGCCGCGCUACGGAUCGUCGUGGAUGGUUUAAAGGAGAGUAUGAAAUGGAAGGUCGGUGAACAGCAAGCUGCCAGACCGCAUGGGCAGAGUUUUUAGUCGUCGUCUUCGUCAACCUCGCAGUUUCCCGGAAAAUCCAUGUUGCCCAGGUAGAGAGGAUGAAUUUCGAGAGAUCAGCAGAACGAGUCCAUUUCUGUUCGUAUAGAGAACAAAUGUGAAGUACAAGAUUAUAAGAAGAAGAAAGAAAGCGAGGCAUUUGGAGAUCCGAUCGCUUCCUCGCUCGGUCUGCUGGGGAGCGAAUAACGGUGUCUCUGACGAUGGAGGAAGCGUGUCGGCCAGAGCGAGAUGAACAUCGACGUGGUCAUGGCGAGCGGCAGCGCUUCGAACAGGUAGAAGUACAGCUCUUUAUUGGCAACGGUGCCGUUGUAUCUGCAGUGAGCAGGUCACUUUCACGGAAAUCUUCCUGCUGGCUGGACAAGACGUACCCUCCAGCGAAUUCAACCACGCGGUAGACCGUGCGCACCAGAAGUCCGCCGCAGACAAUGAAGAUCAUGUAGACCAGCAGGCGCCAGGUGUCGAUCGGCCCCGCAGACAUUAUCUUCCAAGGCGCCCCCUUGGUGGGUUUCCACAGAUGAGGGUAGUCGUUGGACCUGGCGUCGUGAAUCAGAGAGUGAGUCAGGGACAUGCAAACCGGCCUUACAUUCGGAUAGUGAAAGAAGUCAGAAGGUAGAUGAAGAGCAGCAGUGUGGCCGCCUGGAGAAUGAAUCCGGUCAAGACAAUCUACGAGAUUGAGUUACAACUGAAAUCCUCUUGUGGCUGGAGGACUCAAAUACCUUGGAGCCCGCUGCGGCGAGAGAAUCAUGUUGCGAGACAGUCAAAGCUCCGCCGCCACCCUCCAGCAGGAAACUGACGAGAUUGCUCCCGACAAAGAACGUCAUAAUGCCUGAGGGGCUGACGAAAAGACACCGCGAGACGACAUCGGGCUCGAACGUAUUGCCCAGAUGAGCGAGAAGAAAGUAGCAUGUGGCGAUAAAGAAGCUGGGCUGCAGGCUGUCAGUGCUGGUUUCGCAGUGCGUGCGAGAAAAUCAGCACCGAAAGAAGAAUCAACUGCAAACGAUGUUAGCAAAGAUUGGAUCCGUUCUGCCUGGCGAGAGUGGAGAUGACACACCAGAUCCCAGGCGAUGUACUUCCACAGAUAGAAAGGCGGGGCCCCGUCCAUGGCCCGGAGGAGGAAACCAGUCGUGAGCGCUUGACCGUCGUCAGCAAAGGCGGCUGGACUCGAUCGUGGGCUCAUAGCAUACCGAUCAUUCCGACAACGUAAGUAAGCAGAGAGAGCUUGAUUGGUCGGACCCAGAUGAAGUGGAUCAGAGACACGACUACCGAUUGCGCGAAUGCGAUGAUUCCCAUGGUGGCAAAGUGUCGCUAGAGAUGGUAUGGUUCAUUUCUCGAAGAGCAGAUUCGAAUCGGGGGAGGCUUACUGAAGGCACAUAUCCAAGCCUGCUCACACACAGUUCACAGUUUAGACCCGCCUUGUCAAUGAGUAGAUGGAUCCACUCACACAUGGACGGAGGAGGGAUCGGCCGUGCCCCGCUCGGCAAUUUCUGCUGCGAAGACUGAUGCGAAAGAGACAGUUAAAGUCAAGAAAAAAGCAAGUCGAGACAUGGGGAGACCAGUCAGAAGUUUGGAGUGGUUGAGUAUAUUAGUACGCUUCCGCCUGCUCACCUUUAUACGUACCACCAUUCCAUACGGCCACGAGGUAGUUUUCGACGGGACAGACCAGGUUCCGAAGACAUCCCG